AUGCCAGCAAUGCGCCUGCUGCUGCUCGCGCCGCUGCUCUGCGGCGGCGUGCGCGUCGUCGAGCGGCGACGGCUGCUGGGCACGGCCGCCGCGGCGUGGCCGGCGGCGGCCGGCGCGGCGCCGGCGUGGCUCGCCGACGUGCCGACGGAGUCGGCCUCCGAGGCGCUCGCGCCGCCGCGGCCGCGCGAGGCGCCGCGCGCGCCCGCCGCGAGCUCGCGCGAGUCCGACCGCGUCGUCGCGGCGCAAAAGGCCGCGCUCGCCGCGGAGCCCCGGCCGUCGAGGGCCGUCACGGCGACGCUGCGCCUCAGCGUGCGCGUCGCGCGCGCCGACGGCACCUUCAGCGUGCGCGACGACGACCCGGACCCGCCCGUCUUCGGCGACCUGGACCUCGGCCUCUACGGCGACGCGGCGCCGGCCGCGGCGGCCGUGUUCCUCGCGGCGGCGCUCGGCGACCCCGACGCGGCCGAGACGCCGACCUUGGCGCGGUCCCUCGUCGACGAGCGCCGCGGCUCGCUCGUCGUCGGCGGCCGCAUCAAGGGCCUCGGCGAGCGCGACAUCUUCGGCGAGCGCGUGCUCGUGAACGGCCGCGACGGCUCCGAGGCGCUGUCGCCGCGCGGCGCGUCCGUCGCCGCGCGGCUCGGCCGCGAGCGGUCGCCCCUGCCCCACGACGCGCGGGGGCUGCUCACGCGGCGGCGGUCCGACGCGGGCGCGGACGUCACGGCGUUCGGGGUGACGCUCAGGGCCGCGCCGCAGCUCGAUCCCGACUACGCGGUCUUCGGCGCGGUCCUCCGGGACGACGGGCGGCUCCUCGAGAAGAUCGAGUCCCUCGGCGUCUACUCCCUCGACGCCGUCGGCCCGUCGACGGAGGUGCCCCUCGCGGCGGAGAUCUACCGCGCGCAGAAGGACGCGUUCCGCGGCGCGGCGAAGGCCAUCGGCGACGGCCGCGCGAACUCCGUCUUCCCGGGGAAGAUCCUCCGGCGCGUGGAGGAAUCGCGGUGCCGCAAAAAGCGGAAUUGCGUCUACAAGAAGGGCGCGUGCCGGUUCAAGAAGGCCUGCGCCUACAAGAUCUCGCACGGCAAGUGCAAGAAGGCCUCGAAGUGCCGCGUGAAGAAAUUCGCGGGCGCCGAGAAGUUCGACGCGCACGGCCAGAAGAUGUGGCUCUGCGAGCACCGCGAGAACUAG